AUGGGAAAGACGAAAAAGAAUCGUUCCUCGGUUCCACUGGGAUCCUCACUAGACGAUAAGGUUGACCUGGUUCAACUUUUGUCAAAUACCGACCUCCCUCCCUCAGAGGAAGUGAUAUUAGCCCUCCUCUCCGCCCGUUUUAAAGCAGACCUACCUUACAUUCGUAUAAAUGCCUCCUCCCUUGUAGUAAUAAAUCCCAAUAAACCUCUCGAAAUAAUGAACGAUGCGUCAGCCAAAGAGUACGCGGACCAUUGGUACAGAGACACUUCGGGUACAAACACCACUUUACAACCUCACAUAUUUGAAUUCGCGGCGAGAAUAUACUUGCACAUGAGGAGAUCAGCCGAGGACCAAAGUGUGAUCUUCAGGUCAGUCAAUGUGGGGCACCUCCUGUCACAACUUUUGCUCCUCUCGACGCACACAAAGAAAGAAGCUAAGCUUGCAAAUCAAAUUCAAAAUGCGCAAAUCAUUUUAGAGGCUUUCGGGAACGUAAAAACGGUGCAGAAUAUUAAUGCCUCACGUUUCGGAAAAUACCUAGAAUUGCAAUUUAAUGAGAAGGGUAGAAUUGUUGGCUCAAAGGCCUUAACUUACUGCUUUGAUAAGUAUCGGGUGACUAAAAUACCACCCAAUGAAAGAUCCUAUCACGUUUUCUACUAUUUACUCGCCGGUGCCACUUCCGAGGAGCGUUCGUCGUUUCACCUUCAGGAUCCUCAAAGUUAUAAUUAUCUGGCCCAAUCAAAAUGCUACAAAAUUCCUGAUGUGGAUGAUGGUAUACAAAUGGAAGAUUUACGGGCGGCUCUUAAAAAUCUGGGUUUCAAAUCAAGGACCAUUGCUCAGAUUUGGCAGGUGCUUUCGGCAAUCUUGUUGCUGGGUAACAUCGAAUUCAUUGACCACAGCAAGGCCAACGACGAGGCAGCUGAUAUCAAGAAUCAUCAUGUUUUAGAUAUGGUUGCUCAGUAUUUGGGUGUACCGGCCUUCAAGCUAACGCAGACGCUGACUUACAGAACAAAAUUAAUCGGAAAGGAUCUGUGCACUGCCUUUUUAAAUGCCGAAGCUGCGGCCGAGCAAAGGGAUGCUCUGUCUCGAGCUUUAUAUUACAUACUAUUCACUUGGAUCGUGGAGCACAUUAAUUCAAAACUAAUUCACUCUGACGAACCCCCAAACUUCAUCAGUUUGCUUGAUCAACCUGGCUCUCAAAAUUUCGCGAAAAAUGGGUUCGAAGAGUUUUGUCUGAAUCUUGCUACCGAGGAGAUUGAGAAUUAUGUUCUGAAACGAAUCUUCGAUGAUCACUGUGGUUUCUCCGCAGAUUUAACCAAUGACGGCAUCAGGCUGCCAAACGUCCCAGCGACAGAUAACAACCGGUGCGUGGAACUUUUGAGAGGUGAUGGUGAUGUUAGUUCUACAUCUGAAUCAAAUACCACAAGAAUCGGUGGCUUGAUAUCAAGCUUGAAUUUGGCGUGCGAGAAAGUUAAGAAUGGCGUGGAGUCAAUUGACGAUCCUAAGCUACUCUCCUCUGUGCAACAAACCUUCUCCAGUCACCCCUCUUUCGUUUCCGAAUCUGGUGCCUUCGGGAUAAACCAUUUUACGGGCAAGGUGACUUACACCUUAGACGGUUUCAUUGAAAAGAACAACGACAGUCUGUCUCCCGAUUUCAUAAACUUGUUUCAUGACACAAAUAACUCGUUUAUUCGAAAAUUAUUCUCGGGUCCCGCGUUGGCAAUCGAGAAUCACCCGAAGAGCGAUAAAACUGUUGUCAUGGCUCAACUUCCCUCAAAGCCAAUGCGCGCUCCGAGCAUGAAGAGACCAAAGAGGAGUGAGGGUAGACCCGCCGAGGAUUCGGAAGAAAAGGUGUCCGCGAAGAAGUCGAUUACCCACGUUUCAACCGUCGUGACCCAGCUUCACGGAACAAUGCGUCAACUGAUCGAUACUUUGAACCAGACUCGACUGUGGAAUACCUUUCACAUUCGUCCGAAUAACGCCAACGAUCCAGACGCCUUUGAUGAUAAUCAUGUGUUAACUCAGAUUCGUAGUUUCCUGAUACCUUCCAUUGUGUCCCGUAAGAGGUUCGAGUACACGUCGCAACACACCUUUGAAGAUUUUCUAACUCGCUAUGAGCCGAUAAUUCGGUCGCACAAUUUGGAGGCUUCCCAGAAUCUUCGGGAGAAUGUUGAAGCGUUUGCUUCGGCUAUCGGCUGGUCAGAAGAUGAGUUCGCCAUCGGUCAAUAUACCGUAUCUCUUUCGGAUACAAGCUGGAAGUCCUUGGAGGAUCACUUGAGAUAUCUGGAGAAAGAAGAGAGAGCCAGGUCGAAGCAGACGAAAGAUGACGAUAGCUUGGUGAGCGGUGCUUUUCCGGGCGAGGGUCGGAAAGUUAACACCUCGAGCGCCGGAAGUUCCGUGGAUCGACUGUUGCCGAAGAGCGGUGUCACUUACGCAGGUAGCGAUGCUGGAUAUUACGAUUCUCAGAGUUACGUGGAAAGUGAGGAUGAAUAUGAGAAUUCCAGAAGCGGGAGCGGCAACUACGCCGAAGACGAUGAGGGCAACAUGUGGGGCGGGGAUGGUUACCUGAACGCAGGAGAUUCCGCAAAGAAAGUCCCGGAUGAUGGUGAGAAAGGUAAGGAGGAGGUCGAAGAUAUCAGGGUCUCGAGUUCUCGCAAGUGGUGGGUCAGAUUUGUGUGGCUUUGCACCUGGUGGAUACCAUCGUUCUUGAUGAGGUGGAUCGGAAAGAUGAAACGCCCCGAUGUUCGAUUGGCUUGGCGUGAAAAGUUUACACUCUGCUUUUUGAUAUUUCUACUCUCGUCCUUUAUCACCUUCUACAUCAUCUUCUUUGGCAAUCUCCUUUGUCCUGGAACGGACAAGGUGUACAGUUCAACCGAUGUCUCUUAUCACACUGGUGACACUGAUUUCUGGGUUAGCGUCAGAGGUGUUGUCUAUGAUCUUAGCGCAUUCCAUAUGACAGAUCACGCGAACAACGCACCGGGUCUCGUUGCCAAUCAAGCAGCAAUGCAGCCAUUUGGAGGGACAGAUGCCACAACCUCUAUCCCCGUGCCCUUGAAUCAGCCUGAUUCGUGUGGUAGCUUGGUGACCAGCUCCCUUAUCACAGUACAGCAUACCAAUCAAUCCGACAUGCCGUCAUUCAUUCACAACACGCCCUCCACCAUCUAUCCUAACUCUCAUCUUGCGGACGCACGGUGGUACUGGGAUUACUUUUUACCUACGAUGCAAUUUUACAAGAAGGCGACCCUUGUUUGGGAAACAGCAGACGUCGCGGCGCAAGGGCUUGCUGGACGAAAAUGGGCCAUCAUCAAGGACAACGUUUAUGACCUGACCGAUUACUUUGCCACCAUCUCGAGCAAUCCCGGAAACAAUGCCUACCAUUAUUUGAAUUCAGGCAUUGAAACUUUGUUUAAUGUGAGGGCCGGCCAAGACGUCACCGCACAGGUUUAUGGCAAUCAGAUCUCCGCAACAGAUCGUGCCAAUAACAUGAG